UCCCUCCCUUACAGUAUACUAACAUUCAACACUCUCCUGUGUACUCGCGUGUCUCCACAUACGCCUCUCAUUGAAGGUCGCGGCGUGCGGUGUCACUCGGCCGCCCUUAACUACCUCGCUAUAACACGACCGCCUCGUCAUACUCCUCUGCUUGUGAAUUGAACGUCAUCACAAUGGAUUGGUUCUAUAUUGCCGCUGGGUGUGUUGGUAUCACACAGGUGGUGUUUGACUGCUGGACGUGGAUGCAGGCAUUUAAAAUACUUGGAUUUUUGGCCUUUUUAAGAUAUGUUAUAUUACCAGCAGACUGUGAUCUAACCCUCUUCCUGUUCAAACACUUUGGAAAGCCAGUUGAGAGUCUUGAGGGUCGAGUUGUGUGGAUCACAGGAGCUUCAAGCGGCAUUGGCAAAGCGCUUGCUAUUCGACUGGCAAAAGCAAAAGUAAGAGUCGUUCUUUCUGCACGGUCUGUAGAGAACUUGAAUGAGGUGAAGCAGAAAUGUAUCGAAGCUGGAGGCUUAGGGGAGAAUGAUGUUUUUGUCUUGCCGCUAGACAUGGUUCAGUACGACCAACAUCAGUCUGCAUUUGAUAAAGUGAUUGAACACUUUGGAGAGUUGGACAUUCUUGUGUGCAAUGCUGGCCGUUCACAGCGUGGCCGAUGGGAGAUGAUUGACCUCGAUGUGGACCGUGACCUCUUCGAACUGAAUGUCUUCUCUCUUAUAUCCCUGUCUCGAAGGGUGGUCAAGUAUUUCCUAGAGAAGGGGAAGGGGCAUGUGGUGGUGACCUCAAGCACAGCAGGAAAGUUGGGAGCUCCCAUGUCUGGUUCCUAUACGGCUUCAAAACAUGCGUUGCAGGGAUAUUUUGACUGUCUACGUGUUGAGAAGGCAGGAUGUGGUUUGGACAUCACCAUGUUCUGUCCAGGCCCUGUGGAUUCUAAUCUCCUUAAAGUGUGUUUCACAGAAGAGAAAGGGAAGGAACUUGGGCAGGAAAGGAAGGGCAGGAGAAUGUCAGCAGAACGUUGUGCAGAUCUCUUUGCCGUGUCCAUUGCCAACAAGCUGUCAGAGGUUUGGGUAGCAGAUCAACCGGUUUUAACCAUGUAUUACCUAAACCAGUUUGUCCCUUCACUAAUGAAAUGUGCAUUACAAGUUCUUCCACUGAAGGCAAUAAUGAAAUUGCGAGAUGGCAGAGAUGAUGCAACACAGUUAACGGGAGCAGAAGGAAAAAAGCAGAGUUGAUUUAAUUCUACGUAAAACUUUGCUGUGGAGUACUGAAAAUAAAGGCAGAAGUGAAAGAUUCAUGAAAUCAGUGGUGCUUAGAUUACACAACUAUAUCUUGUGAUAAGAUUAAAUUUUUUGCCUUAAUAGAUAUUUUAGGGUUUGGUAUAAUACCUACCUAUCCAUAUAUAUUAACUGUUAUAGAAUAUUUUGUACAUUAUGAUUCUUCUCAUGAAGUUUUCCUGCUUCCUUUCCUUCCAUAUGUAAUGUGAAAUUUUGUUUUCCAGUAUAAGUGAAAAGGAUAUAUUUUUACAGUACAUGAUAACAAAUAUGUACGAAUUAUUGUAUGUAAAAUUGGGAAUAAAACUAUUACUGAAAGUUAAA